AUGGGCCAUCAGGCUCAUUCUACUGAUGUGUGUGCCUCCCGGGAAGAGGCCGUUGUGCUUGGGUUGAUUGAACGUGCAAUUGCUGCUGCCCUUGCUCAAAUUAGGGCUGAGCUGAGAGAGGACAUAGAGUCAAUAGAGGAUCACAUGUUUUCUUGGGACUCCCUUACGGUGAGGGUAGAGGCUUGUAAGCAGGGUCGGGUUGAUUCUUCUGUUAUGACGACCUUGAAGGUCAAUUGUUUUGGGCUGAAGAAGGAUUUAGAUGGGCUGAAGUCCACUGAUUUGUCGAUGCUAUUCGGCAUAGUUGAGAUCCCCGACAUUCCGAGCACUGAUGUUCCAGCCAGUUCAGAGGUUCCUCCAGCUACCAGUACUAGAGAUGUUGUUAUGGAUUAG